AUGUCAGGUCUGAGUAUCAAUUUUGAUAAAUCCAGCCUGAUUCCGAUUAAUUGUGAGGAGCAAUGGGUCGAGCGUAUGUGCAAUUUGCUGGGCUGCAAAGGAGAUGCCCUUCCAGUGAAAUACCUUGGAAUCCCUCUAAGAGCUAAUCCUAGGAGGGUGAAUACAUGGAGUCCUAUAAUAGACAAGGUGGAGGAGAAACUCAGCUUGUGGAAAGCUAAGGUGCUGAACAAAGCUGGCAAAUUAGUGCUUAUUAAAUCAGUGUUGAACAGUCUGCUAGUAUACUAUUUGAGCUUAUUCAAGAUGCCGAAAGCUGUUGCUGAGAAAUUGAUUUCGCUUCAGAGGAGGUUACUAUGGAGUUCUGAAGAAGGUAGAACUGGUAUGGCAUUAGUAAAGUGGGAAGUGGUGCAGGCGCCGAAGAAAUUAGGUGGCUUGGGAGUUGGGGACGCUAUGGUGAUGCAGGAGGAACUGAUCCCAGAGGAGGUAACUAGGUACAGCUUCACCAGGACUAUUUGGAAGGGGUUGGUUCCGCCUAGAGUGGAGCUGUUUGUUUGGUUUGUUCUAAUAGGAAGAGUGAAUACAAAGGACAGGUUGAGCCGGUUUGGAAUCAUUAGUCAGGACAAUGUUACUUGUGUUCUUUGUAACAACGAGGUGGAAGAUGUACGUCACUUGUUUCUAGGAUGUGUAUUUGCUUGGCAGGUGUGGAGCGAUUGGAUCUUAAGGAUCGAUGAAAGAGCAUUUUCUUAG